CCCCCCACCAAGACAGCAGAGGGAGAGACCGGGGAGGACCACGGCACGUUUUCUCUUGCGUCUUGUCGAGCCUGGCUGUGCUGCCGGGCUGCACAGAGGCUCCCGCCCAGCACAAUGUCCCUGCAGGCGCCCACAGACCUGCUCUGGCCGUGGGUGGCAAAGCUGCUGCUGCUGCUCCAGCUGUGUGCCCACGGCCACGCUCCCCGUGCUGCCCCACUGCCCCACAGCUGUCCAGCCGCCUGCAUCUGCACCUCCGACCUGCUGAGCUGCAGCCGGCAGAUGCUGCAGCACGUGCCCCGGGCACUGCCGCCUACCGCCACCACGCUGGACCUCAGCCACAAUGCCCUCACCCAGCUCCACGACCGCUGGCUGGCCACCCUCCCGCACCUCGAGGCCCUCCACAUCAGCCACAACCAGAUUAAGGACCUUUCUCCGCAGGCUUUCCACAAUGCCUCCUACCUGAGGCACCUCGACAUGUCCUCCAACCACCUGCACGCUGUCGAGACGCACUACUUUGACGCGCUGGUGAGCUUGGAGGAGCUGCUGCUCUACAACAACCGCAUUAUGCGAGUGGAUGAAAAUGCCUUCGCCAAGCUGAGCGGCCUGCGGAAAGUUUACCUGAGCUGGAACAACCUGACCACCUUCCCCUUCCACUCAGUGCAGGGGCUGGGAAACUACAGCCUCCGCACGCUGGACCUCUCCUCCAACAGCCUGAGCAGCAUCCCUGUGGAGGAGCUGGCGGCUCUGCCUGAAAACAUCAGGAACGGCUUGUACCUGCACAACAACCCCGUCAGGUGCAGCUGCCCGCUCUACCUGAUGCUCCAGCGCUGGAAGCAGCGAGGUUUCAGCUCCGUAAAGGAUUUCUUUGAAGAACACACCUGCAAGGUGUCUGACAAUGUGCCCCGGUCUCUGAUCAAGUUCCUCAAAUACAGCCACAUGUUUGAGAACUGCUCAGCGGGCCCCGAAGACGUGCACCCUGUGCCCUUCCCCGUGAUGGUGGGCCAGACCCUCCUGCUCGCCUGCAACACCAGCCUGCCGGCCACGGCCACCACCUACAUGUGGAUCUCCCCUCACCACGAGCCCAUCAAACACCCGGGGAACAGCAACCGCUCCUUGGAGGUCUACCACAACGGCAGCCUGAAGAUCGCAGCGGCCAAGCCCUGGCACUCGGGGGUCUAUGUGGGUUUGGCCAUCAACAGCCCCCGCAAUUUCAGCAGGCUGUGCGAAGUCAACGUGACGGUUCACUACCCCAAGCCGGACGGGGAGAUCUUCAGCACCGGCCUCACGACCCUGCUGGGGUGCAUCGUGAGCCUGCUGCUCGUGCUCAUGUACUUGUACCUCACGCCCUGCCGCUGCCUGAGCUGCUGCAAGAAGGCGGCUCCUCUCAGCCCUCCGCAGGAGUGCAGCGCCCAGUCCUCCAUCCUCAGCGCCACUCCCCCUGCCACCGACGGGCCAAACCGCAAGGCCAGUGCCAACAAGCACGUGGUCUUCCUCGAGCCCGUCAGGGAGACGCAGAACGGCAAGAUCCGCCUGGCCCUUGGUGAGGACUUCCCUGACCCCAAGCACUCCAAGGUCCUGCAGCUCAAGUCGGACUCGGAGUCCAUCAGCUCUGUCUUUUCGGACACCCCCAUUGUGUCGUAGCAGGGCAGAGCUGGGAGCAGAGCCAGGGCCUCCCAAGAGCUGUUCUCCUCCAUCGCUGCUAGAAGCAGGAUUAUCAGGCACCACAAAUUCCCGGCUUGACUGCGACCCACGAGGGUUAUCGGCAUCACCCACAACUGCUUCAGCCAUGAGCUCCUGGUGGGUUUUGGGCCGGGGGCAUGUCGGUGCCCGGCAAGAGCUCCUUGUGUAAGCCACUGGCAACGGCCUCGUUAGCACAAGGGUAAUGCUGAUGAACCCAGCACGCCUGAGAAACCCCCACUUCAUUUUGGCAGCCAAAGUCCCUAACAGUGACACUGGGGCCAGCGAUCUGCCACAUCCCCGGGCAAGCGAGACCCAACCUGGCGCCACCACCAUGGACCCUGAGGCCAAGGAAUAGCCGUGACAAGUGGGGCACUGUCCUCGCUCAUGCCAGGGCCCCUGGGGAUGGCAGUGCCACCGUCCUCUCCCAGCUCGUGCCGGUCCCCAUCAGCAUGCCAUGGUCGGGAGCGGGCAGAG